UUCAGUUAUGGCGGACGAUGGAAUGGCGGUCGGAAAAGAUGGAGGAAAUAAAAAGAAAGUUAGGAUGUAUCUUGACGGAUGCUUUGACUUGGUCCACUAUGGCCACGCAAAUGCAUGCAGACAGGCGAAACAACUCGGCGACCAUCUAAUCGUCGGACUCCAUCCCGAUCAUCUGAUCUCUGAAAACAAAGGCCCGCCCGUCUACAAUGAACAGGAGAGGUGCAAGAUUGCCCGAGCCAUCAAGUGGGUGGACGAGGUUUACGAGAACGCCCCCUAUAUGAACCCGAUUUCACUACUAGACAGCAUCGGUGCGGAUUUUCUUGUGCAUGGCGACGAUCUAAGCUUCACCGCUGACGGCCGGGAUACUCAUGAACACCUUCGACAGGCCGGCCGAUUCAAGAAUUUCAAGCGAACAAGCUUCAUCUCGACGACGGACUUAGUUGGUCGAAUCUUAUUGAUGACUCAAACACACCAUGGCUUAGCCAGCCAGAGAGAAUCCAGUCCAGUUACAUCAUCAGAUGCCGACCUGAAAAAACUCAAAACAUUCCAAAAAAACAACGACGUUCCCGUCACUGCCAAUCUCAUCCAGAGUUUCUCGACGGGGCGGCGGCCGGAGCCAGAGGACAAGAUUGUGUACGCACCGGGCAACUACGAUCUGCUUCACAUCGGUCAUGUUAAUUUCCUGGAAGCUGCGUCCAAGGAGGGCGGGUACCUUCUCGUUGGCUUGUAUCAUGAUUGCGUUAUCCAGGAGAAGAAGGGGCUAAACUUUCCCAUUAUGGGCCUUCUGGAACGGGCGCUGAACCUGCUGUCCCUGCGAUACGUCAGUGAUGUCCUUAUUGGAGCGCCGGAGUAUCUGACGCCCGAAUUUCUAAAAACAAAUAAGAUAUCUCUUGUUGUCCGUGGAGAUGCCAAUAUAGGCAGUUCGGUGUCAAAGAUUGGUGCAGCUGACCCCCUUGAGGAGGCCAAGAAGAUGGGUAUAUUCAAGAUGUUAGAGAGUGGAAGUUCGGUUAGGACCAAGGACAUCAUCUGGCGGAUAGUCACUCACAGACCGUUGUACGAGAGACGAAAUGCGGAGAAACAACGGAAGGAAGAAGCAGCCCAGAAUAUACUGAAGAAACGGAUGGAGGUGUCAUCCGAGACGGGGUACAUUUAGCCCAUGCAACAUUAACGAUGGAUGUAUGCAGGGUGGACCAAAAUGAAAGCAGCGGCCGUUUUAGGCAGUCUCUUAAUCAUUACAAAUUCAAUGCAAAAAUCAGGAAAGAAUUGUUUUUGGUUCAGUUGGGGUUUGUGGGGCGGGUGAUAGUUAGUCAGAGCUCAUAAUAAGUGCCAAAUUAGUACAUAUAUAUACCAUGUAAACUUAUGGAACUGGAGAUGAACUAUAGUAUAUAAAUUUCUUCGGGUUUGUGUUUAUACAUUAUUGUAAACUUAUGGAAAUGGAAAUGAACUACUGUU